UCUUGUGGCGCCGAGCAGGAGAAGAGCAGCAGACAUGGCUGACUACAGCAGCGUGGCUCCCCCGUCCUCUAACGCCGGCGGCGGCAUGAACGACGCUUUUAAAGAUGCUCUACAGCGAGCACGACAGAUCGCAGCGAAGAUCGGUGGCGAUGGCGUUGCGGCACCCCCAACAAGCGAGUUUGGCUACGGGGGCCAGAAGAGGCCCCUGGAGGACGCUGGUGGGUAUUUUCCCAUGCCUAACCUGAAUAUCGACCAACCAGAGACGAAGAAAGUUGCUACAAAUGAUGCCUUUUCAGCAAUGGGAGGAAUGGGUGGUCCCCCAAGGUCAAUAUCAGAGGAAUUUAAAGUUCCAGAUGGAAUGGUUGGAUUCAUUAUUGGAAGAGGAGGAGAACAGAUUUCACGUCUACAGCAGGAGUCUGGAUGCAAGAUACAGAUUGCGCCUGACAGUGGAGGAAUGCCAGAUAGGUCGGUGACUUUAACAGGAGGCCCAGAAUCCAUCCAAGCUGCAAAGAGGCUACUAACAGAGAUAGUUGAGAAAGGACGUCCAGCUCCAGCAUUCAACCACAACGAUGGCCCGGGAAUGACUGUCCAGGAGAUUAUGGUCCCUGCCUCUAAAGCCGGACUCGUCAUUGGGAAGGGAGGAGAAACCAUCAAAAGCCUUCAGGAAAGAGCUGGAGUGAAGAUGGUCAUGAUCCAAGACGGACCCCAAAACACAGGCGCAGACAAGCCACUCCGCAUUUCAGGAGAACCCUUUAAAGUGCAGCAAGCCAAAGAGAUGGUGAUGGAGCUGAUACGAGAUCAAGGCUUCAGGGAGCAGAGGGGCGAGUACGGUUCACGAGUUGGAGGGGGUGGAGGAGGAGGUGGAGGUGGUGGAGGAGACAGUUUAGAUGUUCCUGUCCCUCGAUUCGCAGUCGGAAUUGUAAUUGGUAGAAACGGAGAGAUGAUCAAGAAAAUACAGAAUGAUACAGGCGUCAGGAUUCAAUUUAAACCAGAUGAUGGCAGCACACCAGACAGAAUAGCACAGAUCAUGGGUCCCCCUGACCAGGCUCAGCAUGCAGCAGAGAUCAUAUCAGACCUGCUGAGGAGUGUCCAGGCUGGCGGUCCCCCGGGACAUGGCGGUGGCAGAGGUCGUGGUCGUGGGCAGGGAAACUGGAACAUGGGCCCCCCUGGUGGCCUGCAGGAGUUUACCUUCACUGUCCCGACCAUGAAGACUGGCCUUAUCAUUGGGAAAGGUGGUGAAACAAUCAAGGGCAUCAGUCAGCAGUCCGGAGCAAGGAUCGAGCUGCAGAGGAAUCCUCCUCCCAACUCUGAUCCCAACAUAAAAAUGUUCACAGUUCGGGGCUCCCCUCAACAGAUCGACUACGCCAGGCAGCUGGUGGAGGAGAAAAUCGGGGGACCAGUCACUCCAAUGGGCGGCCCACACGGCCCCCCUGGUCCACAUGGAGGUCCAGGCCCACAUGGUCCUCCUGGACCCCCCGGGGCUCCCAUGGGACCGUACAACCCUGGCCCAUACAACCAGGGACCUCCAGGACCACAUGGUCCACCAGCGCCAUACCAGCCUCAGGGAUGGGGCAAUGGCUACCCACACUGGCAACAGGGGCAACCUGAUCCAAAUAAAGCUGCAGCUGACGCCAACGCAGCGGCGUGGGCAGCCUACUACGCUCAGUACAGCCAGCAGCCACAGGCUCCCAUGACCCCGACAAGCGGAGCUCCUGGCACGACUCAAACCAACGGCCAAGGUGACCCACAGGCUGCAGGUCAGAGUGGACAGGCAGAUUACUCCAAGGCCUGGGAGGAAUAUUACAAGAAAAUGGGUCAACAGAGUCAACAACCUCAGGACUACACGAAAGCCUGGGAAGAGUAUUACAAGAAACAAGGUCAAGCGGCCCCUCAGACCGCACCUACUGCAGCCGCCUCCCAGCCUGGAGGCCAGCCUGACUACAGCGCCGCCUGGGCGGAGUACUACCGUCAGCAGGCUGCGUACUACGGCACAGCCAACCCUCAGACGAUGGGUGCAGCACCACAAGCCCCUCAGGUACACCCCUGAUAAGAAUCUGCCCUCCACAUCCACUGAAUACUCAAUUCUUUUGUGCCGUAACCUCCUUCCUCCCUCAGGGUUUACAGGGCUCCAGUGACUGCAGCAGCAUCACACACUUAACCAAAACUAUUCCCUCCCUAUGCAGGUUUUAAGCUUUUUAUUUUGGGAAGCUGAGUCCACUGUUUCUGCUGUUAACAUGCAAUGUAUCUUCUAUGUAUUUCUUCUGCACAGGGCCAGUAAUGUGAAGUGGACAUAAAGUAAAUGCUACAUUGUCGAAACAAAAUCCUUUGUUAAAUGUUUGGAUGCAGACGCCUUGAUGAAGAUCUUAAAUUUCCUUGGUUUGAAAGUGUUUCACAUAGAUGGCAGAUUACCCGGCGAGCACGUCCUCUUUUUUUUGUUUUCCUUUUUCUUGUAAAUGCUUUGUUUUUAGUGAGGUCAUUAUACAUAUGGUCAUUCCAGCCCUGUAUCUACAUUAAAUGUGGUUAGAACUCAUGUUUAUUAAACUGUAGACAUUACCAUGUAAAUCAUCUCAGUUUUAAAAAUGCUAUUGCCUGUUGUGUUUUUGCAAUAAAACAAACUGAAACCUCC